UCCGCAGUAGUCGACACUCGUCCACUCAGCACUUCAGCAGUCAGUACUAACUCGGCGUUCGACUAGACUAGCCAACUCGGUGCGCGCCAAAUAAAAUUAAAAUAAUGUUCGCUUAGGAUUCUUCAAAUAUAAAUAAAGUCCGUAAGUUUGCUUUGAUAAAACAGUGUUCUUGUUGAAUCGAGAUAAACAUCCAACCUGAAGGAAACAUGGUUUGCACUGUUUCUCUCGAAUUAUCGCGAAGACAUGGAGAUGCAGACAAUUGAUUGAAUUAACUCUGAAAAGCGAUCCCUUCCCCAAUGCUAGGGGCCGAACACCACCAUGUUAGCAGACGAUGAUUCUCCUAAAUACAACUUGAGCUAUAUAGAGUCUAACGACAGCUACACUGCGCUGGACCACACCAAAUUGAUAUCCUUACUCAAGCUCAAUGGGACGAAUCAAAGCGACAAUAUCGGGGAGUUCCUCAGGGUCCUGGAGAACCUCCGAAGCAAGUUCAACAUAUCCGUAGUGAAGGAAUGCGAUCGGACACAUUAUUGCUCGGGAGAAUUCCGAGACAUGAUUCUGGCCUAUAAUAGUAUACAUGGAUAUGUUAGCCUAUUGAUAUGUCUAUUCGGGAGUUUGGCAAAUGCAUUGAACGUCGCUGUAUUAACGCGACGUGACCUGGCCGGGGCUCCAAUUAACCGUCUGCUGAAGUGGUUGGCAGUCGCCGAUGUCUUUGUUAUGCUUGAAUAUGUGCCAUUCGCUAUAUAUCGAUAUUUGCUGUUCCCAGGUCAAGAAGACCGACCUUACUCCUGGGCCGUCUACAUGCUCUUUCACAUGCACUUUACUCAAAUCUUGCACACAGCAUCGAUUCUGCUCACUCUCUCGCUGGCCAUCUGGAGAUAUAUUGCCAUCAAAUAUCCAUCUUAUGGCUCAUCGUUAUGCACUGACCGCCGCUGUUCCAUCGCAAUCGGCGUAAGCUUCUUAUUGCCACCGAUGUUAUGUAUUCCGUCAUAUUUCGUGUUCACUAUUCAUCAAGACUACGCAUUAGACCAUCGCCCUUCCAAAGUAUACUUCGUAGACUCCAAUUACGACGGGCGACUUUAUCAGACGAAUUUCUGGGUCCACGCUGUCGUGAUUAAGCUCCUUCCUUGUGCGAUCCUGACAGUGAUCAGUGCGUGGCUUAUCCGGGUAUUGUAUAGAGCCAAUAACAGAAAGAGGGCUCUGAAGGGAUAUAAUGCGUGCCCGGCCUCGACUGCCGUCAACGGCAACGGGAAUGUGUUUUCGAGAAAAUCCACAAAAAGGUCGAAAGCGGAGCGACGUACAGACAGGACGACAAAAAUGCUAGUAGCGGUUCUCCUUCUAUUUCUAUUGACCGAGUUCCCGCAAGGGAUUUUAGGACUAAUGAGCGGUGCGCUGGGGAGGUGUUUCUUCAAACAGUGUUACGACCUGUUCGGUGAACUCAUGGACGCCUUGGCUCUCUUAAACGGAGCGAUCAACUUCAUAUUAUACUGCUCUAUGUCGAAACAGUUCAGGACUACUUUUAGACAGAUUAUGAGGGCUCGGUUCGCCCCCACCCCGAGGGCGAGCUCCCAUACUGAGUUGCAAAGCACAUAUGUAUAAAUGUUUAUUCAUGAAAA